AGACGUGAACAGAGGGUAAGAUACCCAUUGAUGUGCGUCCAUUUGCAAUGUCAGGAACUGCGAUGUUGACGGCAGGGUUUCCCGCCAGUUUGCAGCUCAGGCGCAAAGUAAGUCCCUCAGUCCGUUGAUUCGUGGUUCGUAUCAUGUCGCGCGCAGAUAGCGAGACUGAUACAGCAGCAUCAGAGCAGGAGGUGCAACAGCAGGGUCCAGACUUGAAGCUGGUUUCAGAUGCCCAGCUAGUAGUCCACUUCGACCCUGCAAAAAGCUGACAAGAUGUUUUCAUCUAUGAUGGACCCGAACAAUGAAGACACCAAGAAGCUGGUUGAAAGCCUUUUCCAUGACCCCAUGAAGCAAAUCACACAGAAGGCGUUGGAAACUAUUCAGGCGCUCGACCUUCGAAAUGCAGAGGAGGCAAAAGUGCAGAUGGAGACCGUGAGCAAGUUUCUGAAGUUGCAGGCUGAAGUGCGGGAGUCUGCCUUGGACCAUGUCUAUGAAGCGAUGCAGAGACAAAUCGACCACUUCUCCAUGUCAGUUGAUACAUACAACCUGAAGAUGAAGCAGACUGUGGAGCAGACCCUUGAGCUCUACCAGAAGCGCAUCAACACCGAGAUUUUGGUCAGGCAACAAGUCUUGACUCAAAAGAAGGCGGAGCACGCGGCCAUGCUGGAGGCACACGCGGAGGAAGCCAAGGUCAAGGCACAGGCAAUGACCACAGUGAGCAAGGUUCAGACCGAAGUAUCUGCACGAAAGUUGCAGCAGCAGAAGGCAAAAGAUGAACGUCUGCAUGACAAAGAGAUGAAGGCGCUGGAACGCUUGAGCAUGAAGAUGAAUCAAGAGCUGCAGAGGGACCUGAAUGACUUGGAGACCAAAGCUCGCAGGGGAAAGAUCGGGCAGGAUGAGCGGGCGGCCAUCAAUUCAGAACUCAAAAUUGAGCUGGACAGGUACAACCAAGAGUUCGCGUUGGCCAAGACGGCGAUGGCCGAUGCUUUGACGAAGGGCCGUGCCUGCCACAUCGAGAGCACUGCCCCGAAGAUUGAUUGGGGCCCACCGGCUCGGGUCGUCCCUGGUUACACUCAAUGGCAUUAUGGAUAGAGACCCAGGCCAACUCGCCAAUAAAAAC